AAUACCUCUGGAAUUGACCCAAAUCAUACCAUAGGAACCUCAAUCGUAUUGCCCCAUCACUGGCUAACAUUAUGGAUCCAUUUGGUUAUGAUUCCGCCCCGCUGGGAGUGGCCAACUCUCAAUCUCAACUGCAACAUAAUGACGGUCAUCAACCAAAGAAUCAACCAGCAACUCCAAGAAUGCUUAGAAGUGUUAGUGGAACUCUAAAGAAUUCUCGGUCGGAUCUCAACCAUAGACAGCCUCUGGAAGAUAUGGCAUCUCCUAAUUAUGUUACAGAACCCUUUGGACAACACAAUCUCAGCUUUCAGCAGCCAGUAACUCCGCAACUGCAUCCACCACCACCUCCUCCUCCUCCACCUCAACAACAACAGCAGCAACAACCACAAUCAUUACAACAACAGAUCCAUAAGAGAGUCCCCUCAUUCUCCAAAAGCAUUCCGCCCAGAGCCCCACCGGGCCCGUCCCGAUCCCAACCUCCUCCUCCACCGCCGGCUCCUAUCAAUACAUCUGUUCGUAAUGAGCUCUUACCUCCAGCAUCUAUCAACUCUCCGGAAUUGGGACAUUCCAAAGUAUCCGGUGACCUUCCUCGGUAUACUCAACCACAGUCACAGUCUCAGUCACAGUCUCUGCAACAUCAUCAUCAUCAUCAUCACCAUUCCGUAGAGGCCAGCAAACCUCAUGCCCCUCCUCCAACACAACCAGUUCCAGUAUCAAAUCAAUCAGGACUGGUGCCUGGUCCUGUACCUGUUCCAGCACCAUCACCAGCUCAAACGCCUGCGGCCGCAACGGUCCAACAAUCCAAUCAAUCCAAUCAAAAACCUCCAGCUCAACAACAAUUCUAUAGAAAAUCUAUUGGAGAUUGGGAUUUUGUUAAAACCAUCGGAGCAGGAUCAAUGGGGAAAGUUAAAUUGGCUCAACAUAAUACAACCCAUGAGAUUUGUGCAGUUAAAAUCAUCCCCCGAGCUGCUAAAUUAUAUCAAAGAGCUCAUGCCAAUGAUGCUCCACCUACGAGUACUCAAGAAGCAGCUCAAAGACAUAAAGAAUAUGAAAAGGAAAUAGCACGAGAUAAACGAACUAUACGAGAAGGAUCACUUGGACGAUUAUUAUUUCAUCCAUUUAUUUGUCGAUUAUAUGAAAUGGUUCCCAUGACUAAUCAUUAUUAUAUGUUAUUUGAAUAUGUUGAAGGAGGACAAAUGUUAGAUUAUAUAGUAGCACAUGGAUCAUUAAAGGAAAAACAUGCCCGGAAAUUCGCCAGAGGUAUUGGAUCAGCUUUAGAUUAUUGUCAUCGUAAUAAUGUUGUACAUCGAGAUUUAAAAAUUGAAAAUAUUAUGAUUAAUGAAAAGGGAGAUAUAAAGAUUAUUGAUUUUGGAUUAUCGAAUUUAUAUUCUCCUAAAUCUUUAUUAAAGACUUAUUGUGGAUCAUUAUAUUUUGCUGCUCCAGAAUUAUUAAGUGCUAAACCAUAUACUGGACCCGAAGUUGAUAUUUGGUCAUUUGGAGUGGUACUUUAUGUAUUAGUUUGUGGGAAAGUUCCAUUUGAUGAUCAAUCAGUUUCGGUAUUACAUGAAAAGAUUAAAAAGGGCAAUGUAGAAUAUCCUGAUUUCUUAUCUCGAGAAUGUAUAUCAUUAUUAUCUCGAAUGUUAGUCGUUGAUCCCACCAAGAGAGCCAGUCUUUUUGAAGUAUUACAACAUCCUUGGAUGAAUAAAGGUUAUGAUUAUAAAGUUUCCAGUUAUUUACCUAAACGAAUCCCAUUAACUUUACCAUUAGAUGGAGAAAUUAUUAAGACAAUUGCUUCAUUUGAUUUAGGAUCAAUUCAACAUAUAACUGAAGAAUUAACUAAUGUAUUAACUAGUGUAGAAUAUCAAAUGAGUUGUGAAAAUUGGUAUAAAUUAACUGAUCAAGGGAGAGAAUAUGCUUCGGCAUCCAAUGCUCAUAUUUUACCCGAUCCGACAGGAGGUUUCCAUCCCUUAAUCUCCAUAUAUUACUUGGUAGAUGAGAUGAAGAAACGGAAAAAGGCUAAGGAAGAAGCAGUCAGAGCUCAACAACAGCAACAGCAACAGCAACAGCAAUUACAACAGCAACAACAACAAUUACAAGCAGUUAAAUUGGAUGUACCAGUAAGAUCCAUCUCUACUGAAAAGGCUAGAGCAGAAUUAUUAACAGCUCAAGCUCCAUUAGCUGCCAUCUCUUUCCCACCUCAAGCUCAUACUUCAACGAUUCCAACAACUACUCAUAGAAAUUCUCAAUCUCCACCUCCACCUCCACCAAAGGAAUUACCGGAAUCAGUAAUCCCCGAACAACAACUCAGUCCUCGUGAUAGUAAUAAUGGUCGAGACACUUUAGAUCCGGCUAAGAAUGCCGGAAUUAAUUCCAUCUUAAGAAAGUUAUCGUAUAAGAAGAAAUCUUCAUCGCCUCCACCUCCAUCAGGAGAUUCUAAUCGAUCACCUCCUCCAUUACCAACACUUGAAACUGGCACUAGCGGUACCAGUACCAAUACCAAUACCAGUGCCAGUGCCAGUGGUAGAAGAGAUCCAAUGGUUCGUAGAGGAGUCAGUAUGAAGAUUACUGCGAAGGAAAAAUCCACUAGUUCUCGACUUAAUUUGGGUACUUCAGCCAAUAAUUCCAGUACUAAUUCUACAGAAACAGCCAAGAGUAAAUCAUCUACCAUUAAUACUAAUGAUAGUAGUAAAGUUCAGCAUGGACGAUCAUCAUCAACUAAUUCCAAAGCUCCUGCGAAAUUCCAUGGAUUUAUCCCCGUAGAAAUCAUGCCUCCAGUACCUAAAUAUAGUGGGAAUACUGUUAUACCUGCUAAUGAUAAAUUAAGUAUUGAAAGUGGAGGUAGAAAGCUUCAUCCAACGGCAAGAGCCAAAUCUGUGGGAGGACAUAUACGUAAGGAUUCGUAUAAUUACAAUAGAAACCGAGGUACUAGUAGUCAAUAUCCUCCAUUACCCAAUGCUAUGGCUAAUCAAAAUAGUGAUGAAUUAGUAGGAGGUGGAAGUGGAGGUGGAGGAGGAGCAGGAGCAGGAGGAUCCACCACAACAGGAGAUACUUCAAGUAAUAAUACAGGAUUCUUUGAUGAUGUACGUCUAGACGAUGUUGAUUAUCAAGAGAUAGCUCAAUUAACAGAAGAAGAAAUCAUUGAACAAUUCAAUAAUGCUAAACCAAAUAGUAUGCCAUCGAUUGAGCAUUGUAAGACAUUAUUCUUAAAGGGAUUCUUUUCUGUACAAACCACAUCCACCAAACCAUUACCCGUGAUUAGAUAUAAUAUAAUUAAUGUAUUGAGUAAAUUGGGAGUUAGAUUUCAAGAAGUUAAGGGAGGAUUUGUAUGUAUUCAUACACCUUCUGUUCAGCCACUUGAUAGUUUACUUAUUCAACAACACCAUAUAGAGGCAGAGGCAGAAGCAGCAGAAGCAGCAGCAGCAGCAGAAGCAGAAGGAGUAGAUGGAGAAAGUCACACAACUGGAGAUAGUCAUGGAGAUGAGAAUAGUGAAGAACGGAAACUUUAUGGAGAUGCAUUUAAAUCGACUUCAUCAUCAAUUCAUGAAAAGGAGAUCUUAAGAACAAAGACUCCUGAACCAGAACAACGAACUCCUUCAAGACAACCUUCAUUACAACUUAAUAGUCAACCAUUAUCACCGUCAAUUAAAAUUUCUCAUAAAUCUUCUAAUUCUAUUGGAGGACAUCGUAGAAAGUUUUCGGUGGGAGGGUAUAGGAAAAAGAAUGGAUCACAAGUUCUUAUGCCUCCUAAUACUCCUGCUACCACUAAAGUUAUGAGAGGGUUAUAUCCAGAUGAUGAAUUUGAGUAUGAUGAAUAUGAAGAUCGAGGAGGAGGAGGAGAUGAUAAUUCUGCUGAUUCCUUAAAUGGAUAUGGAGGAGGUAGUGAUAUGUUAAUUUCCUCUAAACUUGAACAGAAAGCUAGACAUCAACAUUCAGUAUCUAAUGCCAGUGGUAGUGGUAAUGAAAGACAACGAGGUAGUAAAUCUCCAUUAAAAUUUGAAAUUCAUAUAGUUAAAGUUCCAUUAGUGGGAUUAUAUGGAGUUCAAUUUAAGAAGUUAUUGGGGAAUACAUGGAAUUAUAAGACGUUGGCCAGUCAGAUCUUGACGGAAUUGAAUUUGUGAGUAUAGCAUUAAUAUAUUUAUAAGAGUGGAGGGAGUGAGUGGAGUGAGUGUAGAGUAGAGUGUAGAGUAGAGUGUAGUAUUACAGUACAGUAUAGUACAGUAGUGUUGUAUACUUGUAACUUAUACAGGUAGAGAGUAUAAGAAAGUAUGGUAUAUAUGAAUCUAAGAAAGGUUUAUAUGUGUAAAGGUAUGAGAUGAUGAGCAGAAGACAUAAAGUGGUACUAUUCUAUUCUAUUCUAUUCUGUUACUAUUGUAAAAUGGUAGAACAGUCACUGUUACACUUACAAUAGUAGAAU